CACCUCGCCGUGGGGUCCACCAGUCAGCCUCAGCUCUCGCCGCCUCUAGGGACAGCAGCAGCUCUAGAGAGAGAAAGAGAGGCGACCAGAGGAGGAGAGGGAUGGGGCAGGAGAAGAAGGGAGGGGAGGAGGAGGCGGCGGCGGCGCGAGCGGCGGAGCGAGCGCGAGAGCUGCAGGACGCGGCGUCGGGGCUGCUGUCGCGGACGCGGGCGGAGGAGGAGGUGCUGCGCCGCCGCGCCGCCGCGCUCGUGGAGGAGCUCCGGCGGCUCCGGAGGGCGGUGGCCGCGCACGCCGACAGCGAAAAGGUUGAGGAGGACUUGGAUCGAGCAAUGUGCCUCUUAAGCGACGGCGACAUUGCGUCACUGAUCCCAAGCAAGGGACAUGGUUCCUUUCUCAAGAUGUUCUUGGGCCCAGUGAAUCUGCGGGCAACAAGGAAGGAGGUGCAGCUCAAGGUGAAGGAGGAGUACAAUAGCUACAGGGAUAGAACUGCGUUACUGUUUCUUGGUUUUCCAGUGAUCCUAUUGUGUCUUCGAUCAUGGUUAUGGAAUGGAUGCUUUCCAACAUUGCCAGUUCAGCUAUACCAGGCUUGGUUGUUAUUCCUGUAUACAACUUUAGCUUUGCGUGAGAACAUAUUGCGAGUUAACGGAAGUGAUAUCCGUCCUUGGUGGAUACUCCAUCACUAUUGUGCCAUGCUGAUGGCUCUUAUAAGUCUCACAUGGGAGAUAAAGGGACAGCCUGAUUGUGCAUGUAAACAGAGAGGUGUAGAACUUUUUCUGUGCUGGGCCAUAAUGCAAGGAUUUGUCAUGAUGUUGCAGAAUAGAUAUCAGCGUCAAAGAUUAUAUACUAGGAUUGCUUUGGGAAAGGCUAGAAGAAUGGAUGUCGUAUGGGGAGAGACUGCUGGUGUUGAAGGUCAAUUGUUGCUGUUGUGUCCUCUCCUUUUUCUCUUGCAGGGAUUUGAGGGUUAUGUCGGGUUUCUACUUCUUCGUACAGCUCAUACUGGUGUCAUCCCUGAGUGGCAGGUUGUGGUCUGUGGGAUCCUGCUGAUUGCAAUGGCGAUUGGAAACUUUGCAAACACAGUGGACACCUUGAUGGCUAAGUCCAGGUUCAAAGCAAAGAUGAAGAAAUCAAAGAGCAAACGGGAUCUUGACACAUGCACCUCAUCGACGGGUUCAGCGCCAACAGAUUCAACAGCCAGAGCUUGAAAAGGACAAGGGGGAAAGUUCCUCAUCCUAUGAACAUUAUCCAGGGGUUAUUGCCGUUGUAAAGAAUUAGUUUUUUGGCCACCAGCUUCUCAUCCUGACCUUCUCUGUCCAAGCUCACUCUUGUAACCAUCAAACAACUAGGUUGCUGAUGGUCUUAGGUUGAGGGUUAUCAAGAAUAAACUGUUGGUAUUUGUUUAUACUUUUAUCUCGAACAUCGAGUGGGCUAGAUGAACUUAGGACUGUAAGAUUUAGCGAAAUUUUCCCGGUAUAGCUCUUGUGAGACGUAAAUUAUUAGAAAAACAUGUGAAUUUGUAUACAAGCUGUGAUUUUGAUCA